AUGCCUCGUCAAUUACAACGUCCCUUUUCUUGUCAUCCAUUGCUACAAACAUUCCGUCUGCCGAUUGAUUAUUCCUUGAUCGGUCUUGGUUGUUUGAUCGUGGCCCUUUGGAGAAGAAUUUCGGUGACGAUUGUCGGUAAUUGCCGUUCCUUGGAGCUGGUCGACAGUCCUUUGCAUAGUGGCCUAUAUUACCACAAUUAUGGCAUGCGGGCAUUCUGUCUUGAUCGUCGUUUCUUUGUUCAUAGGGUCGACGUCCCUGCUCUCUACGAUAAUAAGUAUCCAUCUCAUGGUUUGCUGCAAAAUAGUCAUCCCGACUAG